AUGAAUGGUUUGAAGGUCGAAUAUGAAAUCGAUAAAUUAAUAGAGAUUGUGGAUGAGAGAGACAGGUUAAUGGAUGUCCUUCACAUGCAACCAUCUAAAAAUGAUAACAUAAAACUUAAGAAACAUAUAAACCAUACACUUGAUUUGCUCAAAGAUUAUGAAGAUGAUGUACCCUUUUCUGAAGAUGAUAGAUUUAAUCAUCAGAUUAAAACUUAUAAUGAUAUCAUUGAAGGCUUGCCAGAAACAGUCAUUGACAAGGAACUCUAUAGAUUCAAAAGAAAGCCUAAUCUGAGAGAAACAAAGAAGGUACGGUUUAAAGACGGAUUAGUUGAAGAGCAUAAAGAACCCGAACAGAAGUUUAAACCAUAUAAAGAUGAUGAGUCUUCAUCUACAGUUGUAGAUGAUUUAUUGGAGGUCAAGAGAAAGGAAUUAUUUGGAAAUCAAGAGACAGGAACUCCAAAAUACAAUAUUUCUCCACAAGUUUCAAAUCAGGAUAUUUUCAUUCAACAACAGCAGCAAUUGAUGGAACAAGAGAGCCAUCUAGAAAACCUGUCAAGUUCUAUUAAUAGGACACAAGGAAUAUCUAUCGAGAUUAACGAUGAGGUAGAACAGCAAAAUGAACAUCUCUUAACGGAUAUUGAGCGCCAAGUAGAUCGAAGUGAAAGUCAUUUACAAAGGGCUGGGAGAAGACUUAAUGCUUACGAAGCAACAGCUCGUGAGAAAGGCCCUUGCUUCCUAAUUGUGAUUCUUUCUAUAAUACUAUUCCUUUUAGUUAUAAUUUGA